AUGGCCUUAUGGGUAACUUUGAUUGAAAACAAUAAUUGGAAUAUACACCCAAAAGCUUUAUGGACACAAAUUCAUAAAUUUUCUCCAAAUUUUGAUGAUUUUUUCAAUAAUAAAAAACAACAUAUUCAAACAACUUUUUAUGAUGAUGAUUCUGAUUCAGCCACAGGUGAUUUAAACAGCUCCAUUGAUCAAGAAUCUCAGAAUGAUGAUUCUUUAGUUUAUACAGUUUUUAUAUCAGCAGAGCAAUGGAAAAUUAUGCAACGCGAUGAUGGGAUAAAAAAUAAAUUAAAGCCUGGAAUUUGGACCAAUACACUUGCUGAUGCUAUUUAUGAUCAACUAAGAUUUAAUUUUGGCUGGUCGUUUAAGUCUCAUGAGGUUCCUAUUAAUGAGAAUUCUGCAUAUUUUUUCAAUUUCACUGCCGUUUGCACAGAUACGAAUUGUCUUACAAAAACAUGUGGAGAGGUACUAAAGCAUAUAAAUUUAGCAGAUCUACUGAAAUUUGGUUUAAAGAUAACAUUAUAUAUAUUUGGGUAUAAUAAUGUACAGCAUCUAAAAAAAAGGCGUUUUGGAGGUAAUCGUAGACAAGAGAUAACCGAAAAAAUUUUGAAUACAUGCUCCAGUUCAUCUUUAUGUCGAAAAGAAUUAGCAAACCAAUUAUCAGAAGAUUUAUUUGAUGCUGAAAGUCCUUUACUUCCUUGA